UGAAAUAAGAUCGAAGCGUAGUGCAUAACGUCCGUCAUCCUUUUAAAAAUAUAAUUAGAAUUGAUUAAAACCAUAUGAAUGCUCCAAUAUUUAUAUUUCUUACGAUUUCCUGUCAUAAUUAUGACCAGGAUAGACGUUACGUUGUUUUUUAAUUAGUCGAGCGGGGUCCUCAUUUGGGUCCUCGAGAACAGAAAACAAUUCUGCUUAGCAAGCUUAGCCGAAAUGCAUUAUAAUUGAGAGUUGAAUGCAGUUUGUCAUUAAGUAAAUCAUGGAUGAUAGUGAAUUAGAGAGGAAGGCUGUGGAGGAGCUCCUUAAUGAGGCUAAUAGAGCGAAAGUCCGUGUAGAGACAAUGGGUCCUGCUGGGUGGAUGAAGUGUCCGCUGGGAAGUACCAACAAGCGUUUCCUGCUGAACACACUUCGUUCCUCUGCUCUGAUGCAUCAGCCUAAAAACCAAGGCACUUCUGAGAGAGGCAGAGAUGAACAUAGGUACAGCAAAGAUUGUGAAAAACAUCACAUCAAAGACUGUGAAGUGUGCAGUCAAAGGAAAGACAAUUCACACAGAAGAUACCACUCUGAUUCACAUUCUCAUUCAUUAAAACACAGCUCCUCCUCACGCAAGGAUUCAUCAUCCAGAAGCCGCUCACCCUACCUUUCCAGGAAGUCUAAUAGGACUCGGUCUCGUUCACCUGUAAGGGACAGAUCUGCAGCUGUCCACAAACACAAAGACGGAAGGAAAAAAUGAUGAAGCACUCUUUGGAGAGUGUCACUGAAGUCUAAUAUUAGACAGUCUUGCUUUUUGGUUUUUGUCAACAUAUAUGUAUAGAUGAGAUCAUUAACAUCUGUCCAUGCCUUUAUUGUUUGCAACAUCUAUAAGGUAACAGUAUUAAUGCAUUCUUUAGCUUUCCCUUUGCUGAAGGCAGAUUCUGAUUGUUGAGAGAGACUUUAAAUUGUCCACUUAGUUAAUACUGACAUUUGAAAUGACAUUUGUCCUUGGUUCAGGAAAGAGUCAAUUAUGUUUUGGAAAGCCUGCGACCUCUGAUAGACACAGCAGCAACAACUCAAUGAAUUAUUGACAACUUUUACAUACAUUUGCACAGACUGUGCAAGGUCUCUUUUUACCUUAGGAUCUUGUACAGUGUAAGUCUUAAUUGUAUUAAGACAACUGAAUCAACAUUUUUAAUUGUAAACAUUUUAUUUAACUCUACAUUGACUCUUAGAGUGUGGUCAUUACAUUUUGACAAUGUUUAUUGCAAAUACAUCUUUGGGCUCCAGGAAUAUCAGCAAUAUUUUUCUGCUGUAGUUUAGUUUGUCACUACACUCAAAAAAUUAUUUUUGCUGCUUGUUCAAGUUACUUAAUUCAAAUAAACUAAAGCAACGCAAUUCUGUAACAUUUUGUCAUAAUUUGAUUUCAUUGCGUUUUAUACAUUUAAAUGUGUAAAAUGGAAGUUUACUUAAUUUGAGUUGGGAAUAUAUGAAUGCUUUUUGUGGUGUUAAUGUAGCAUUGAUGAAACUGGGCAGGGGGUUUCCACAACCCAUGCUUUGUUUGCAUGGGACAGGAUGGGGUGAACAAAUGUUGAAAUUAAGUGUUAUUUUAUGCAUUUUUGAGCAAGAUGAGAAUAGGAGAAGAUUUUUUAAUGUUUGAUGUUCUGUUAUAUUGGUAUUUAAAAAGAGUGUCUGUAAUACAGGAGUUUUGGGGGUUACCAUCGUGGUGAAGAAUGGCGCUUAUGCUUAUAUAGGUUGAAGAUGGACAUUUGCUUUUAACAGAUUCUUGAGUAGAGUGUUGUUUAGAUCUGUAAGCAGUUGCUAUUCAAUUGCUAUAAAACUUUAAUUUAUUAAAAUAAAUUGAGUUGGACCAACAAAAGAAAACGUAUUAAAUAAACCUAUAGCAGUUGCUAUUCAUUAGCUAUAAAAAAUUAUUUACAUUUAUUAAAUAAACCUUAGUAAAUUGAGUUUGACGUACGAAAUUAAGUUGAGCUAAAACUACUAUAGUAGAUUGAUUUGACCUAAUUCAACAAAAUUAUGUAGGCUCAAUGAAACUGAUCUGAAUGAAAUACAUUACAUUUCUUUUAAAAACUGUCUACCAUUCGUUUAAAGGAAAUGACUUUAUUAAAAAAUAUCUGUUUAAAAUUAAUACUUGGUCAAUAAACACAAGUUUGCGGGCGAUGUUUUUGUCAUUUAUCCUCUCAGUUCGUGCUGCCUUCAUGUCAGAAUACAUGAUUUAUAACGCCAUGGGGUUUUCCAUGGCGACUUGGAUCUCAGUUUAAAUGCCAUUAUCAUUCCUU